UGGUCAACAGUCGGGCUUCAACUGUCUGCUCGUAACCACAGCGACUUAAUCCGGACCGUGGAUGCGGGCUGAAGGAACCUGUUCGCGAUAACAAAAUUAAACACUGAUCCACAACAAGAGCGUCGGAGAAAGAUGAUCUCGACUUCGCUUGACGUGUUUCACUUGGGCGACCGGAGAGUUCGGUCAAUGUGACAUUGCUCGAGUUUAUUGUUCUGGUCCCGGACGCAGACCGGCGAUCGCGCGUUGAGAAGAUGUUGAGUCGGCUGAUGAGUGGCAGCGUCAGAAACCUGGAGAGAGAAUACCUGUGUACCGUCCGACUGCUGGAUGAUACGGAGUAUACCUGCACCAUUCAGAGAGAUGCCAAAGGCCAGUAUUUGUUCGAUCUCAUUUGCCAUCAUCUAAACCUGCUGGAGAAGGACUAUUUUGGCAUUAGAUAUGUGGAUCCAGAUAAGCAACGGCACUGGCUGGAGUUCACCAAAUCUAUUUCGAAGCAGAUGAAAUCACAACCUCCAUUUACAUUGUGUCUACGGGUGAAGUUUUAUCCACCAGACCCUGCUGCUCUUAAAGAGGAGAUCACCAGGUAUCUCGUCUUCCUGCAGAUCAAGAGAGAUCUGUACCACGGUCGUCUCCUCUGUAAAACAUCCGAUGCAGCCAUGUUGGCGGCGCACAUCUUACAAGCUGAGAUUGGAGACUAUGACCCAGGAAAGCACCCAGAAGGUUACAGCUCCAAGUUCCAGUUCUUCCCAAAGCACUCCGAGAAGCUGGAAAGAAGAAUUGCUGAGAUUCACAAGACCGAGUUGAUAGGUCAGACUCCAGAGACGUCUGAACUGAAGUUCCUGCAGAAAGCGCAAAUGCUUGAAACGUAUGGUGUGGAUCCUCAUCCAUGCAAGGAUGUGUCUGGGAACCCGGCUUUUCUUGCCUUUACACCUUUUGGCUUUGUCGUGCUUCAGGGAAACAAGAGAGUCCAUUUCUUGAAAUGGAAUGAGGUGACCAAACUGAAGUUUGAAGCCAAGACAUUCCAUAUAUAUGCAAAUCAGAAAGAGGAUAGAAAGAUCAUUUUGACAUACUUCGCGCCAACCCCAGAGGCCUGCAAGCAUCUUUGGAAAUGCGGCGUUGAAAAUCAAGCCUUUUACAAGUUGGAAAAGUCGAGCCAGGUCCGUACGGUGUCCAGCAGCAAUCUGUUCUUCAAGGGCAGUCGUUUUCGCUACAGUGGAAGAGUUGCCAAAGAGGUAAUGGAGCAGAGUGCAAAAAUUAAACGGGAACCUCCAGAAAUACACAGGGCUGGCCUGGUGCCCAGCAGAAGCUGUCCAUCCAUCACUCAUGGGCCGCGGCUGAGCAGUGUACCGCGCACCCGCCGGAGAGCCGUGCAUAUAUCCAUCAUGGAAGGUUUGGAAUCAUUGCGGGACAGUGCCCACUCCACCCCUGUGCGCUCCGUGUCUCACAGCGACUGCUUCAUGUCGCGUUCCCGCAGCCAGGCGACGGAUCCUGGCGAUGGCACAGCAGUCAUAUCAGACGAGACCUACAGUCCUUCCAACAGCGUGCUGCCCACACCGGUGGCGGAGCACAGCAUGGAUCUGCCCAUCUCGCGUCAGAACAACGGCGCCCCCUGCAGCAUAGAAGAGGAAAAGGAGUCGGAGGCGGGAACGCCCACCGCGGGCGACGUGGCAGAUUUCAGCGUGGACAGUAGGGCGAAAGGCCCCGCGCAGAGCUUAGGCGGGGAGGUCGCGCUGAGCGAGGCGGAACAGGUGAAUAAGUUUGUCUUAAGUGUACUCCGUCUGCUCCUUGUGACCAUUGGACUCCUCUUUGUCUUGCUCCUCCUCCUCAUCAUCCUCACAGAGUCCGACCUUGAUAUUGCAUUUUUACGUGAUAUCCGCCAGACCCCCGAGUUUGAGCAGUUCCAUUACGAAUACUUUUGUCCCCUCAGACGGUGGUUUGCCUGCAAGCUCCGCUGGGUGGGCGGGCUGCUCAUUAACAAGUGAAAGUGAGGGGCUAACGCUCGUAAAGCCUCCCUUGUUGGGGUCGAGAUGACGCUAAACACGUGGAGCGAGAUGGAGGGCAUCGACCUGUCCCAUGAAUCCAGCUUUAUUCAUGAUGCGUCUGCUGAUGUGCGGUGGAGCAGCAGGCCACAACAGCUCCCGUUCUCCUCCACUUUCAGUUUAUUCUACCCCAGUGUCCUUUUUGCCCGAUUGUUUUUCACCUUUUUUUUUUACAAAGACAGAAAACCGUUUUCAUUGGGUUUUUUUCUUUUUUUGGAAUUUCAGGUCAUUUAAGGUAUUUUAUUUUUACAAAAAAAGAGAAAAAAGAAAAAUAAGUGAAAUCCAAUUGAACGGACUGAAUUAUAUGGUUCCUUAAAUGGCAAAGUGUGGCAGGUUGGAAACGAGUGGAAAUGUGGAAAACCACUGCUUUUCUGAGAGAUUACGCAUACUUCACAUCCAUCAGUCAUGUAACUCUUGUUUUUAAAGGCUGCUAUAAUUUACAACAGUGAUGAUCAGAUGUGCAGAGGGUUAUAUGUCAUGUUAGAAUGUGCAAGUUAUUUCAGAAGUGAGACUUGGGGAAAGAUUGGAAGCAAUGUUAUUGAAUAAUAAAAAUGGAUACCUUUGAGUUUUGUAUUUGGUGGCUUGAUUUUAGGGUGUCAUACGUUAUAGGAAUAUAAUUGUGUUUAGGUGGUAGGAAUUUGUGAAGUAGAAAACAUUUUGAAAGGUUCUUUCUAUUGGAUCCAAAACAAUUGAUAUCAAUUGUGUUUUGUCAUGUGACCCACUAGUGUCUGUUAAAGAAUUUUUUAUCGCUGACUUAAAGCAACUAGCACCCAUAGUUCCAGUAUAGCUAGAUGUGCAAUAUUGUUUAAGAAGAAGUGCAUCAGUUUCUUUUUAUUUCUGAGAAUGUGCAUUUGUUUUUCUUUAUUUCUUGUCAUCCCGAGUCUUUCUAAACAGAAAGAUGUCCCAUUGUAUAAAAGAAAUAUUUUUUUUAUUCCAUAUCAGCCUUGCUCUUAAGUUUGUACUCUGUUGAUAUCAUGCUAUGAUUAUUCUUAAUUACAAUAACAAUGCUGUACUUUUUGUACAAAAGUAGUUAGUUUCCUAAUAUAUCGACAGUUUUCCAUGUAUAUUUUAACAGAACUGAAAUGUUAUUUUGUUAUUGAAGAUUAAAUUAUACCUUUUUUAGCUCUGUGUUUCAGAUGAGAUCUAGAGUUUAUGCCGUUUCUGUCCAGAGAGACACGAGAAAGAUUUAUAUUCAGAUCCACGACCCAUUUCCAAACGUCGACGUAACCAGCAAUGAGAUAACUAAAAUGCUCCUGUGCUUUGUGUAUUGGUAAAGACCAUGCAUACAAACGAUAUUAAUUGCUUUAUACACAGUUUAACCAAAAGACUGUGUGUUUGCGCACAUAUUUUUACAAUUAAUGUUAUUGGCAAUAUGUAUUAAAGACCAGAAUUAGUCUUUCGUACACCAUGUCUUAAUAAGUCUAUGGUGUUUGUUUAUUUAUUUGAAGAGAGAAAUUUGGCUAUUUUCCAGUGUCAGGUUAACAGAGAAUAUAUUUUCUCCUAAUACGAUUUAUAUCUGACCCUCUGAAAUGCUACAGAUGCAUUUGUUUGCAUGGAGAAGAGUAAAAUAAAGUUAACUGAAAAUAAUGAAAAGAAACACGGUCUUAAUUAGAUCAGAACUGGGACACUGCACUUGUCUAGUUAAGAUUUUGAAAGGACGAUAUUGUUGAUCGUUCCGCAAUCAACAGUGAUCGAGGUGUGAUUCACAAAUAGUUUUGUUUAGCCCAUACAACACUAUUAAUCUACCAGGUAAUGUGGUUGCAGUCGGUCAUGCGCCUUGAUAACAAUUUCAUAGAAAUGCUGUCUUCCACCAACUACAGGAGCUGAGGGAAAACCUGUUACAACAAACACGAGAUGCAUGAACCUCUGUAGUAGAGAGAAACCUUUGAACAAAACUCGGGUCAGGAGUAGUUCAAGAGAAGAUAGACGGCCAUUUGAGUUCUGCACGUCUCUUACCUUGAGAAAUAUCCAUGCAUGCAUUUUUAACAUCUAAUGUGCCAAAUUAUUAACAGCGUCUGGAUGACGCAAGUUUAUUUAUAAUUUGUAGAACCUGAAUAUGGAGAUGUUUUUGCGGUACAUGAUAAUGUUGCUCUGAUGGCUACUUGUGUGAUGGGUAUUAUUGAUUCAUAGAAUCAAACUUAAAUUCAUAAUAAACAAUGAAAUGGCCGUUUUGUAAAAGAUCUGAUGAGAGUUUACCCAUUGACAGCAUUAUGUAGCCUCAGUGGUCAGUCCUGCAUGGCAGUGCCAUUCAUCAAGCAAUAACCUGUUGAUUUCUAGAAUCAUGUGGAUGUUUUUUUGAUGGUUUUUGUGCUGUUGCGAAGCAAUUCCAGUUACCUGAUGUUUUCUACGGAGCAAGGAAUGAAUACAUUUCAUUCGAGUUAAAGCUACAAAAUUGUGAUCAGCUCAUUUUAUAUGAUGAUUCUUUCCAAAAUUUACUACAUUUUAUACUCAUUGUUAUCAGUGCUUUUCCUGUUUCAACUUGUGCUGGAAUUGACUGCUUCUCCUCGCGCUUGAAUGCGAGGAGCUGAAAGCACACGCUCCCUUCAGCUGUAAAUCAAGGGCAAUCACUGCUUCUGUCCUCGUGAGCUUCUUCCUUCUACUCGUCUCUAGACAGUUUACUUGUACUAUUCGCUAUGGUUUGACUGAGAUAAAUGCACUGGUCCUUUAAAGGGCAAUUGCCAGCUAAAUGGGUUGCGUUAUUUUACAAGGUCUCUGUAACCUUUGUAAUUUUCUUAUGCUUCUUUAGUGCUGAGCUAUUUAGCGUAACAGGAUCUGCAUUGAUGCGCAGUUGAACACCUGCCACAUAUCAACUGACACGUAGACAUUCAGGAGUAACAAAAUGCAUAUAAAAGAACUUCACUGGAUAUACAGCAGUCUUAACAGCAUCAAAUGAUCCAGCUCAAAUGUACAAGAUGAUGGUUUUUAUUGUUUAACAGUUGGUAGUGUGGGCUAACAGCUGUUGAUGAAAACAUCAGUGCUCUCCAACAGGUUCAUAAAUGAUACAUGCUUACUAAUGACAGACAGGUUGAAAUGUUCUAGAAUGACUCGUUCUCGUUGUGACACAAUAGACUGCUGCUGCUUGACCUUUCAGAUCUGGAUUAAUAACUGAUAUAUAUUUUCUCAUAAAUCUUCAACACCCAGGGACUUACAGUUUAUCAUUGGAAUGAAUUACUUAUUUUGUGCUUGCAUACAAAUUACCUAAUUAUACAGUGAAACCUCAUCUAAACCUUUACGCUCAGAUCCACUGUGGCACUAACAGUCAAUACAGAACAAUGUGGCAACGCGCUUCAUUUUCUGUACUGUGCUUGUGUCACCUACAGUCCCCUCGACAGCUAUGCAUAUACAUGCACAUUUGUCUAUGCAUAGGCAUGUCUGUGGGCGUUCUUUUCUGUACUCUGCAUUUUUUCUGUAUGGGACUGAAAGUUGCUGUUUAGUUCCUAGUAUAUAAACAGUCGAAUAUAUACGUGAUUUAUGUGCCAAAUGCAGUUCCUGUUAAGUCAGAUUCAUUCCAAAAUCAUCUUUGUACUGUAGGAAACCUUCCAUGCAAAGUGGUUUAAUAAAUUGUUUCACUGAUAGUCCCUUGUAACUGGUGCCAUGGAAAUAUUCAAACCUGAAAUAAACAUUUA